ACUCCCAUGCUGCUUGGCAGCAGGGAGAGCGCAGCCGGCAGCAGCGCAGGAGGCUCUGCACAGGAGGCUCUCAGCCUGGUCCCUCCAGCACCAGCACCAUGCAUUGGGUCACCAUCCUGCUGGUGGCUGGGCUCUUUGGAGCCUGCCUGGGCCAGUACAAUGAAGAAGAGGACAUGGCUUGGUUACAGUACUACAUGAGGCAGUCCAGGAUGUCCUCCUACAACUACAUGCCCUACUAUGAGGAUGAGGGCAGCCCUUAUGUGUACUCCUACCUCCCAGCUCCGGACACCGAGGCAGAGCCUGGCCCCGAGCCUCAGCAAGCCACCUCCUGGCAGUGUCCCCAAGAGUGUGACUGUCCCCCCAACUUCUCCUCAGCCAUGUACUGUGACACUCGCAACCUGAGGUACCUGCCCUUCGUGCCCUCCAGGAUGAAGUAUGUCUACUUCCAGAACAAUCUGAUCACCACCAUGCAGGAGGGAGCCUUUGACAACGCCACGGAGCUGGAGUGGUUGGCGCUGCACAACAACCAGAUCACCAGCGACAGGAUGGGCAAGAGGCUCUUUGCCAAGCUCAAAAGACUGGAGAGGCUCUACAUGAACAACAACAACCUGACCAAGAUGCCCAGCCCCUUGCCUCGCUCCCUGAGAGAGCUCCACUUGUCCUACAAUCAGAUCUCCAAGGUCCCCUCCAACGCUCUGGAGGGGUUGGAGAACCUCACGGCUCUGUACCUUAGCCACAACUACAUCUUUGAGAUGGGGGCCUCCCUCAAAGGGCUCAAGUCCUUGAUCCUGGCUGAUCUGAGCUACAACCACCUCAGGAGAGUCCCUGAUGGGCUCCCAAUCUCUUUGGAACAGCUCUACUUAGAGUACAACUACAUCAACACCAUCCCUGACGACUACUUCAAGGUGUCUCCCAAGCUGCUCUACGUACGCAUGUCCCACAACAGCCUGACCAACCAGGGGCUCUCUACCAACACUUUCAACAGCAGCAGCAUCCUCGAGCUGGACCUCUCUUACAACAGGCUCCAGAAGAUCCCUCGAGUCAGCACCAACCUGGAGAACCUCUACCUGCAAGGGAACCAAAUCGACGAGUUCUCCAUCAGCAGCUUCUGCACCGUGGUGGACGUCAUGAACUACUCCAGGCUGCAGGUCCUGCGGCUCGACGGCAACGAGAUCAAGCGGAACGCGGUGCCGCCCGACGCCCCCCUGUGCCUGCGGCGUGCCACCAUCAUCGAGAUCUAGCCUGGUCCUUCCCCUCUCCCGCUCAGGACUUGGCUCCCCCCGUCCCUGGGGAAACCUUCACCCUCGUUUUAAUGCAGCUUGAUGGUUUGAUUUGGCUUUGCAGUAGUGCCACAAGGGAGCUCCGCCGGCAGCUCACAUUGGGUAGGCAGGAGCUCUCCUUCCCAAAAUAUUCCCCCCCC